AUGGAGAGCCCGCACAGGGAAUCGGAGGUAUCUGCUACUGCUCCCUCGAAUGUUGAGAGUGUGCCGAGCAGUAGCAAUGGCAAUGGGCAUGGCUUUGUACCGCUGGUGACGGUGGUGGGCUUCCAUCAUGCGAGGUUCAUGGAUAGAGGACCGGAAGUCGAGAGUUGGUUUGGGGCCGAGGAGGGGACUGAUCCUGCGGUUGAUAAUGAGUGGCCUCUUCUGCCGUUCAUGGCAUUGAGCGAUGGCGCGCAUGUGAGCACAGAAGAUUUCUCAUACUUCACACUUCUCCGACCUGCGCGCGGCUCUGUCCCAGCUACCUCCCUCUUUGGCAUCUCCUGUACUCGACAAAUGGACGCCUCGCAACUGCUCAAUCGACCGGCAGACGUUACCCGCUCCACAGUUCAGAAGGCCGUCGUUGUGAUAGCGGACUCGCCGCAGUUCUUUGGCAUGCUGAGAGAGAGGCUGGGGGUUGUGACCAAGGCCUGGUUCGCGCAGAGGGAGUUUUCUGAUACGGAGAUAUUGAGGAGGUUCCAGGAGAGCUUGCAGGAGGAGAAGGAGAGGGGCGAGGGGCUGGCGGAUGAGGAUAGGGAGGAAUAUCUGGGCAUGAGCUUGAGAGAGCUGGUGAGAGAAUUCAAGUCGCAGACUUUGGUGCUGUUCAAGUGCUGUUUACUGCAACCAAAGAUGCUAUUCUUUGGAUCACGGUGUGAGAGACUUUGCAUGAUGCAAUUCUCUCUGAUCUCCCUAAUACCUGGUCUCAUACGGAACCUACAAGAUUGUGCGGAUCCGGACUUGGAUCAUUAUGAGAAGCACCUUGUGAAGCCUGCGAGUUUGAAGUCAAGCGACAGAAAUUCGCUCUUGACUUACAUGGGCUUACCGCUGCAAAUAUUUGGCAAGGGGAGCUUAUUUGGACCUUAUACCCCUUUACAACAACUUGAUAUUCUGGCAGAUUACGGAACAAAAUCAUAUAUCGUCGGUUCCACGAAUUCCCUACUGUUACAACAAAAAGACCGGUACAGCGACAUUCUCAUUAAUCUAGAUAAUUCGACUAUCAACAUUACCUCCAGCUCUUUGCGAGCUGCGCUCGCCCUUUCCGUGGCGGAUCGACGGUGGAUAGACUUCAUCACUCAGUCCGUGAACGACACUUGGGACGAGACAAACCCUGGACGGCCGAAGACAAUGGGCUACGUCGGCUCAGAAGAAUUUAUUCGCCUUCAAUUCGAAGAAUACCUGCUCUCCCUCAUCUCGGCAGUAAAAUGCCGCAACUACAUGAAUCACCACGCCCACAACCCCAAAAUGCUACCACAAGUCGAAGGCGACCCAUCCCAUGACUUCGGCGUCGAUUGGAUCGAAGCCUGGAGCAGGUCCGAGAACUACAGAAUCUGGGAUCGCUACACAGAUAGCCAUCUCUUCGAUAUCGUGGAGCCCAAGCAUCCUUGCGCAGGUGGCUUGACCAUCGACGAUGUGCAGAAGCGGAUGAUGGAACAAGUCAAGGAAUUCCACCUCGACGAACGCUUUGCUGUUGGCAAAGAAGUGCUAGGCAGGAAUCUACAAGCAGGAAAAGAGAAAGCAGGUACAGUAUUCAACAAAUUGUACGCUGAUAUGGAGGCUUUCAGAGAGACUCAAAGGAAGAAACACGAGGAAGCGAAACGAGAGGCGGAGAAGAAUGGCACUCCGGUUCCGAGUCUAGGCUUCGCAGCUCCGGAUCUGAAUGGAGCGCGACAGACGGUACAGAGCGUAGGCAGCAAGGCAGGAGCUUACAUAGGAAGCUGGGGGACCUGGAUGGGGGAGAAGCGGAAAACAGGCUGGGGAAGAAGCACAUCUAGUUCAACACCAAAUCCGCGAAAAGAAAAAGAGAAUGUCGCAUUACCGGUUAGGAAUGUAAGGAUCGAGAGGUCGCCCGAACCGAUCCCUGAAGCUGUUAGGCCGAGGACUCAGGAAAGCUACGAGGAGAAUCUUUUCGAUGCCGAGGCCGGUGCUGGGCAUUCGAGUUCUGGGCUCAAGAAGUUAGCGGUACAUCCGCCGCCCCACCCCUCCAAAUUCCACGAGUCAAUCGAUGAGCCGAUUGCUGUUCCUGCGGCGGCUGCUGAUGAGGUCGGUCAAUCAUCGAAGAAAUGGGAGGACAGCUCGCCGAGGAAGGAAGAUGCUGAUAGCCGGGCAAAAGCCGUUGCCGAGGCCGUCGAGGCUGCCACGGCAGCGCCGAUUUCGCCGUAG